UGAACUGCGCUGGAGCCGCGGCCCCGAGUGGCGGAUCGGGCGGCCCUGGGGAUGUGGGAGCCGGAGGAGUUUGAGCGGCACUGGCUGCUGGAGUUCCCGGGGGGACAGGCUCCUCACAUGGACAUCCAGACCCUGGCGGAGCUGGAGUCUGAGCUGGAGCGGAGUAAGGAGAGACUCCGAACCAGGCAGCAGCAGUUGGCCCAGGAGAAAUUCAAAGUCAUUUAUCUGCAAACGGCGCUGGAACGACUGGCGGCCAAAACUGAGCCCAGGGGAGGGACACUGGACAAGGGAGAAACACUGGACAAAGCCGGGACUCCGGACAAUCCCGGGACACUGGAACUUCCAGAGGGACAGAGGAUUCACCCCGAGCACACGGGAUACAAAUGUAGCCGCGACUCCCAGAAAGAGAAACAAAAUAACCCGGGACAGGGAGAGGAGGACCCGGGCCAGGGAGAGACUGACCCGGGACAGGGAGAGGAGGACCCGGGCGAGGGAGAGACUGACCCAGGACAGGGAGAGGAGAACCCGGGCCAGGGAGAGACUGACCCGGGACAGGGAGAGGAGGACCCGGGACAGGGAGAGACUAACCCGGGCCAGGAGGAGAUGAAUCAGGAACACGAGGAACAUGUGGACAGUGAAAGGGAUUCUGCCUCUCCGAUCCCCGAUCAGCAUGGGCCGAGCGGCCUUCGGAGGGCACAGAGAGUAAACCGGUUCUGGGACAGCGGCAGCACUUCGGGUUCAAGACUCAGAUUCAAAAGACACCAACUGCUCAGAGUUCCUGGUGGCUCAAAGCGUCCGUCCAGCGGAGGAAGCGACGGAUACACAAGCUCAGAGCAGGAGGAUGGAAGUUCAGCAGAUUUUAAUUACACGGACGGUUAUGAUGGGGACACUGCGGAUGAACCAAGAGCCACAGAAGAAGCUUCUGAAACGAUGCCAUUUAUCGAUGAGUCUCCCACGAUGUCACCACAGCUGAGUGCCAGGACCCAUGAAACCAGUGAUGCACUAUCAUCAACGCCAGAUGGCAUGGCGGCUAUGAGUGCAGUGGACCCAGAGAAGAGGCUGGAAAUGAGGAAUUUUGUGCUGUCUGGUAUCCUGGCAAGUGAGGAGAUUUACUUAAAUCAACUGGAGGCCCUGCUCCUGCCACUGAAGCCACUCAAAGCUGCUGCUACCACCUCCCAACCGGUUCUGACCAAUCAGCAGAUAGAGACUAUCUUCUACAAGGUGCAGGAAAUCCAUCAGAUUCACCGGGAAUUCUGUGACAGCCUGUGUCCCAAAAUCCAGAACUGGGAUUCCCGGCAUUCCGUGGGACACCUUUUCCAGAAGCUGGCUGAGAGUCUCGGUGUAUACAAGGCCUUUGUGGAUAAUUAUAAAGUGGCGAUCGAAACGGUUGAAAAAUGCAGCCUGGCCAAUAACAACUUCAAGAAGAUUUCUGAGGAUUUGAAAGUCAAAAGCUCCAAGGAUUCGAAGGAAUGUUCCACCUCUAUCACUCUGGAAGCUCUGCUGUACAAACCGAUCGAUCGAGUAACUCGAAGCACUCUGGUGCUGCAUGAUCUUCUGAAACAUACACCCACAGAACACCCCGACUAUCCCUUACUGCAGCAUGCACUGCGAAUCUCACAGAAUUUCCUGUCCAGCAUCAAUGAGGAAAUUUCUGAGCGGCGAACACAAGUGUCACUGGCAAAGGGAGAGAAUCGGCAAUUGGUGAGGGAUGGUUUUAUUGUCGAAGUUUCAGAGGGAACCAGGAAACUGCGACACGUUUUCCUCUUCACCGACCUCCUGCUGUGCGGCAAACUGAAAAAACAGGCUGUUGGGAAACAGCUGCAGUAUGACUGUAAGUGGUAUAUUCCGCUGGCUGACCUCACUUUCCUGUCUGUGGAGGAUUUGGAACCGAGCCCACAGAUUCACACGGUACCUGAGCACGACCUGGAGGAAAUUAAGAUGAAGAUUUCUCACAUCAAGAACGAAAUUCAGAGAGAAAAGAAAUCUCCCAAAGGACAGAGUCGAGCUGUGGAACGAUUAAAGAAGAAGUUGUGUGAACAGGAAUCCUGGCUUCUCCUGCACUCGCCCACCAUUCCCUUCAGGAUACAUAACAAGAACGGAAAGAGUUUCUUCUUCCUGCUUUCCUCAGAUUAUGAGCGAAGUGAGUGGAGAGAGGCGAUCGAGAAACUCCAGAAAAAAGAUCUGCAGGGUUUUGUGUUGAGUUCUCUCGAGUUACAGAUGUUGACCGGUGCGUGUGUGAAGCUGAGAACCAUCCACAAUAUUCCCGUCACCAGCAAUAAAGAGGAUGAUGAACCAACCGGAUUGAACGGUUUUCUCCACGUCAUCGUCCGAUCUGCGAAGGGAUUCGAAAACUCGGCCAGUUUAUACUGCACUCUCGAAGUCGAUUCCUUUGGUUAUUUUGUCAGUAAAGCGAAGACCAGAGUGUUCAGGGAUACGACGGAACCACACUGGAACGAGGAGUUUGAGAUUGAGUUGGAAGGUUCACAGUCAUUGCGGAUCCUUUGUUAUGAGAAGCUGUACGACAAGAUCAAACUCAACAAAGACAACAAUGAAAUUGUGGAUAAAAUUAUGGGCAAGGGGCAGCUGCAGCUGGACACACAGACAGCCCAAAGCAGGAACUGGCAGACUGCGGUGAUUGAAAUGAACGGGAUUGAGGUGGAAUUGUCGAUGAAAUUCACCACCCGAGAUUUGAGCCUGAAACGCACCCCAUCAAAAAAACAGAGUGGGGUAUUUGGUGUGAAAAUUAAUGUCGUCACAAAGCGGGAACGCUCGAAGGUGCCGUACAUUGUCCGUCAGUGCAUCGAGGAGGUGGAGAAACGGGGGAUUGAGGAAGUGGGAAUCUAUCGGGUUUCUGGAGUAGCCACAGAUAUUCAAACACUGAAAGCUGCUUUCGACAUGAAUACCAAGGAUGUGCUGGUGAUGUUAAGUGACAUGGACAUAAAUGCCAUCGCUGGGACACUCAAGCUGUAUUUCCGAGAGUUACCGGAGCCACUUCUCACCGACAGAUUCUACCCAGCCUUUGUGGAAGGGAUUGCACUGUCUGACCCAGCGGCCAAGGAGAAUUGUAUGUUACACUUGCUGCGCUCACUGCCGGACCCAAACCUCAACACCCUGCUCUUCCUACUGGAUCAUCUGAAAAGAGUUGCAGAGAAGGAACCUGUGAAUAAAAUGUCUCUACACAACCUGGCGACGGUGUUUGGUCCAACUCUGCUGAGACCGUCAGAAACAGAACACAAAGCUCAUGCCAACAUUGUGUCCGAUAUCUGGUCUCAUGAAGUCAUGGCACAGGUCCAGGUUCUCUUGUAUUACCUGCAGCAUCCUCCGCUCUCCAUCACCGAACUCAAGCGAAACACACUCUACUAUUCCACUGAUGUGUAGAAAGGGUUCAUGACCUCUGAAUCCUUCAACUCAAUCGAGCAUUGACCAAAAUUAAAUCAAAGUGAAGAAAUAUCGCAGAGCGACUCCCCUCUGAGGUGUGACCCUUAUACAGCUGUGUGCCUGGAGCAAGAUGGGGACCACACCCUCUGUAUAGUCCUGUCCUAUGUAUUGUGUGUACAAGCACUGUUGGCUGUCCAUCCCUCGCACUCCGUCCCUUGCAUGGUGCAUUUGUCUUGUUUAUUCCCGGAGCUGUGAGAAAUUCACCAAAUGCUCCAACCUCCUGCUCUUGGAUCUGCUGUGGUUCAGUAGGCAAAGUGACUCUGCUGGGGCAGCUAACAGUUCAUAACCAAGCAGGGACCGUCAGUGGAGGAGUACGAUGGAUACGUCGCUGUGUAAGGAUCUGAUUCCGGAGCCUGAUUCUGGAGUAUGCCUCAAUUGUUGUUGUCAAUUGUGAUUAGCAUUUCAUACACUCCUCUGAUUAUUAGCAACCUUUUUGCUUGAUAUAUGUUGUUUUACAUCUGUAGAUUAUUCUGACCCUCAGUGGGCAACAAAUUCAUGAUAAAUAAAAAUUGACAACGUAAUAUUUGCA